UUAACGUAGGUGAAUUUUAUAGUUUUAUUGUAUUAUUUUUACUUGGCUGCCUAUGUGAUGGUCAAACUUGUCGUUGGAUUUUAACAGGCUGAGAACAGUCAUCUGGGAGAAGCAACCCAACCUUGUUCCACAUCUGUGUCAUGAGCAGCAUCUCAUAGUCAGUGGAGUAGCCACAGGUUUUUCCUGGUUCGGUGUAACUGGCCUUCAUGUCCCAGUAAGUCCGUCUGAAGAUGCCAGACUUGCUAAGGAUGCUAUAUGCUGCCAUGAUGCUUCUGUCGAGCGUAGCAUCCAUCAGUGGUAACGUCCUGCUCCUACUGGUGCUCCUGCUCCACCGGGAGCUCCGGUCUGACACACUGGGACUCACCGUGAGCUUCAGCCUCAGCGAUCUGGCUCUGGGGCUCUGCAUCAUGUCCGUCGGAGCCCACAACAGCUUUUCUCAUCCUGAAGGCUACGACAGUGAGAGCCCCUUCUGUCAGGGCACUGGCUUCCUGUUCCUCCUCCUGCAGACCUCCUCGAUCCAGUCCCUCACAUGGGCCACAGUGUAUAAGUUCACCAAGAUCUGCUUUGCCCUCAGCUACAGCAGCAUCUGGACAGCUGGGCGGAAUCGGAUGGUGCUGCUCCUGAUCUGGCUAUUUUGCCUGGUGAACGCCACUCUGCCCCUCCUGGGUUUCGGCAGCUACGUCUACAGCCCAUCGCGGUUCCUCUGUGGACCGGGCUUCACAAUGGAGAACAGGUACUUCGUGAUGCUUUGGAUGGUGCCAGGCAUCUUGGUGCCGCUCCUCACUAUGUGCUCCUUGUACGGAUACAUUGUGCACUUGGGCAGGAAACAGGCUAGGAGAGGGACGUUCAUGUGCAACGACUUGCACUGCUUCCACGUUCCUGCCAACAAUUACCUGAGGAGCUCUGUUGUCGUGGUAACGGUCUCAGGUGAGUCUGGGCUAGGCUCUGAUGCUCAGCAGUAACUAGAUCACAGACCUUUCAGGUCGGUUCCCAGCUCUACG